GGAGCCAAUAUUGUUUAAACUUCUUUCUGUUUUUUGGGUAUUUUUUUCUUGGGCAUAUUCAGAUUAAUGGAUACAAUUGCUAAAGUUAAUUUUUGUCUUUUUUUGUCAGAGUAAAAAUAAAUGGAACAUUUUACAAAUCUUUUUACAAUGUGUUAACUUUUGCAUAAUGAUUGCAUUUACUUAUUUUAUUAAAGAAGAGAUAAAAGGAGGAAAGAAAGCAUGUGUAAAACUGAAUCAGACCAGAGUCACCAAAGGCCUCUCUUACAAAGUCCCGGAGUGCCUUCAACUCCCAUUUAGGAGAAGGGCAUGGCAACACCUUAUUAAGAUCUGGGACCUUCCAGCGGACAAGUGACUGGUCAUGUACUGGUGCCUAGGCUUCCUUCUUGUUUCCAUCUGCAAAACUUUUGUCUCCCAACUUUCUUAAUAUUUUUUCCAUAUAAACGACUGAGAUGUCAUCUGAUUGUGAAUGGCUGGGGAAGCGAUUUGUAAUCCUGAAUAGGAGAGGUGGUGGUCCAUGAGACAAUUUUUGUAUUAAAAUAUGGUCCAUACUAAGAAAAUAUUUGAAAAUUCGUGUCUUAACACACAGGAGUGGUUAUUUUAUGCAAUGUUUUUUGUAUCUGUGUUGAUCCCAGGAUGAUAGAGAGGCCAGGUUGGUGAGGUUUGGCUGUUUUAUACUGGUUCAAGGCAAACUCACUCUUUUGUUACAAGAUGCAGCAUUUCACACAUCAACUGGAACUAUUUCCUGACUGUCGUGUGACUCUUGUUUUGUUUAACGAUGUCAAAAAUGCUGUUGCUCUAAGAAAAAAAGCAAUGGAAGGAUCUAUUGAUGGCGCAUUAAUAAAUCCUGCAAUGAUUGUUGAUCCAUUUCAGAUUCUUGUGGCAACAAACAAAGCAGUUCACCUACACAGGAUUGGUAAAAUGAAGACUAGAACUCUUAAUGCAGAAAUUAUUUUCAACCUUUCCCCAAACAACAAUAUUUCAGAUGCAUUGAAAAAGUUUGGUAUUUCAGACAAUGAUUCUGCAGUGCUCAUUGUUCUGAUUGAAGAUAAAGAAAAAACUGUACAUCUGGAAAGCAUAAUAUCUCAAGUGGAAGGCCAGCAGGUUUCUCUAGCAGAACUCCACAAAAUAACAGACAUAUCCAAAGUUAAAAAGAUGUACAAACUUACUCCAAAGGAAGAAAAAAUUGGCACCUUACUUGAUGGCAUCAUUUGCAGAAUGUCGACAAAAGAUAUUGCAUGAAAACAUUCAAAUAAAAGAAAAAAUCCACUUUAAAGCUACAGGAACAACUAUUGCAACCAUUCUUAUUAGUUUUGGACUCUGUCUCAAUACUAAAGUACUUUGCACUCCUUUAUUUUAUUUUGCUUGGAAGAGUCACUAAAACAUUCUGUGAAAGAAACUGACAGGACAUAAACCACUAAAGGAACACUGAAGCAAUAUUUUAUCUUAAGCUUCAUUCAACUUCAGAAAUGCGUCACAUAGUGCAGUACUGAGCAGAGUACAUAUUGCAACUUGUACAUAUUCUACCCAUUGUUUUAUUUACAAAUAUUUUUUAAAAUAAUUUUUCCCAAUAUCUUUUAACUGGUCAUAAACAUAAGGUUUCAAAAUCUAUUACUACUUUACCUUUGUUGUAAAGUGCUUUAAGAUAAUCAGAUAUGCCACUAAUGGUGCAAACUAUUUUUAUUAUCCCCAAGGCCUGCAAUGACUUGGUUUGCAUGAGCAUGGAGAAUAAAGGAUGAUACGGAGACAUUUUUAGCUGCUUAGUGUUUAUGUAUGCAUCAUACUUGUCUAACCAUCAUGCACUAGGAGAGCAUAUACAGACUGCCUCUUGUGAUUUCCGAGCACUCACAACUGUAUGUCAAAAACACAUAAAAAAUGGGUACCUGCCCCAAGGAGCUUACAAUCCAAAUGAGAGAUUUGACAAAUGAGGAUAACAUGUACACUAUGGAAGGGGGAGAGGUGAGGAAGGAACCAGGUCAUGGGGAUGUAUUUACAUUGCUAUUCUGUUAUGCACAUUUAGUUGGUUCAUAAACUACUUCAUGUAAAUGCACUCAUUUAUUUGUUGAUGAUAUUGCAGAAGUUAGUUUUUAGGAAGGAUUUGAAUGAGGUAAUUGUGGAGGCUUGAACAACUUUUUGGAAGACAUUCCAAGCAGAAGGGCUAACAAGGAAGAAGCCACAGAGAUGUUUGCAAGAGGAGAUGCAAGGGGUAUUGAGGCUGGUGUCAGUGAAAGGUCAGGAGCUGAUACAACCUGUCAUGGAAGGUUUUCUCAGCAGUCUAGCUAUACAGCUAUUGUGGCUCACCAUUUGAGAACUCAAAAUAGUCAGGAUAGACAUGGGUAAAGAUUUUUUUUCCCUUCAGCUUGUGAUGAAAGAAGCAGAAGAAUGUAGAAGCAUGCAAAAAGAAAGUUGGAGGGUUCUUGCCUUCAAUAUAUCUGUAACAAAACUAGAAUAGCAUGUAGUAAGAAAGCCAGAGGAUCUUCUACUAAUCCAUCUAAACUUCUAAGGGCGCCUGCAGUUUCACCCAUGACAUUCUGCUUGCUCUGCUUUUUUGAAUAAAUAAUUAUCUUCUUUCUA